AACCAGAUGAGCCAUUUGAGUUCAUUAUCGUGUCCCUGACGGGCCAGACGUGGCUCUUUGAGGCCUCAACGUCAGAGGAGCGAGAGCUUUGGGUCCAGGCCAUCGAGAGCCAGAUCCUGGCCAGCCUGCAGGGCUGUGAGAGCAGCAAAAACAAGGCUCGGCUGGGCAGCCAGAGCGAUGCACAGGCCAUGCAGGCCGUCCGCACCGCACGUGGGAACAGCUUCUGUGUGGACUGCGAUGCACCAAAUCCGGACUGGGCAAGUCUGAACCUGGGCUCCCUCAUGUGCAUUGAGUGCUCCGGGAUCCAUCGCAACCUGGGCACCCACCUGUCCCGCGUGCGCUCCUUGGACCUGGACGACUGGCCUAGUGAGCUUCUCAUGGUCAUGACGGCCAUCGGCAACGCCCUGGCCAACGCUGUCUGGGAAGGAGCGGUGGAAGGCUACCCCAAGCCCACCCCCGAGAGCAGUCGGGAGGAGAAGGAGCGCUGGAUCCGGGCCAAGUAUGAGCAGAAGCUCUUCCUGGCUCCGCUGCCCCAAUCGGACAUCCCGCUGGGGCAGCAGCUGCUGCGGGCUGUGGUAGAGGAUGACCUGCGCCUCGUGGUGACGCUCCUGGCCCAUGGCACCAAGGAGGAAGUGAAUGAGACCUACGGGGAUGGAGAUGGGCGCACAGCACUGCAUCUCUCCUGCGCCAUGGCCAACGUAGUCUUCACGCAGCUGCUCAUCUGGUACGGGGUGGACGUGAAGAGCCGGGACGCUC